UUCUACCGUAGUUGUGGUUUUCAAGGUCAUCGAAUCUAUGGGUGAUUUCAAAUACGGCUAUAAUAAUAAUGGAUAAAACUCGAGUGGGAACAUCCUUUUCAAAAUAUGAGCAACAGGACGAAAGUUUAACAUCAACGGCUCUUACCUCCAGAAUACUAGAUAACUUAAACGUACUUAAAUGCAGACUGGACCCCGAUUUAGUUAACAAUAGUAGAUUAUAUCAUGAAGAAAAAAGUGGUUUUGGUUUUAACGAAUCGAAACCUUUUGUACUCAAGUUUGUUGAGCAGAAAAAUAAAUUAUUCAGAAACCAAGCAAACCAUGAAAACAUCAAUGCUACUCCUAUCAAUACAAUAUCCCAAGAGAAUCCCAAUAAAACAACAAUUGAUCCUUCUAAUGAAUGUUAUAUUGAUCACCAAAUACAUCUUCAGUUCAAUACUAAUGAUAUUCAUGACCAAUUGAAAAUUAUAUCUUACUGUAAAAGUAAGCAAAUGAAAUUUGAAGCAAGUUAUCCAAACACAAAUGUAGAUAUAACAAAGAACUUAACCAAUUUAAUUCAAUUGGAUCCAAAAGCAGAGAUUGUUGUUAGUGAAUAUCAAGAUGGAGAUUUUACAACGACUGGAAUUCAAGGACAGAAUAAAUUUGAUUAUAACUUGAUUAAAAAGAAAACAAUAGAAAAGAAUACUAUGAAAAGAAAGCAUCUAAAGUCUAUUACAGAAAAGGUACCAAUUUUAUGUUCUAGUACAACAAAGAAAUGUUGUUCAUAUGGUAUACGUGAACCAAUUGAACCUUGGUUCCCGUUAGAUUCAUUAUUAGAAGGAAAUAGUCGGAUUAACCAGAAAACAAAUUCAAAUUUACGCUUGAAUCGAUCUAAAAGUUGUGAUAUUAACAAUUUCAAAUUACCAUGGCAACCUGAAUUCAGCAACUUAUAUCAUAGUUCACCGAAUUUAAUGAAUCAACCAACUGGUGAAUUGGUUAUCAAUCAAAAUUUUUCAAGUAUAUUACAUGAAUGAAAAAGUACACAUUCUAUAAUAAAUGUUUCGGAGAAAACUUUGCCGAAUUACAAACGACUACAUAGAUGGUCUAAUUGUUCCUCGAGGAAUCGGCUUUUCCACAUAUGAUGUUCUUCACAAGACAUCAGAAGUGUUCUAUUGCAACAUUUUCUUUCAAUUAAAUCUAUAUUUUCUUUCUUUUCAAUAAGUUUAUCAUCCAAAAUAUUACGUAAAAUAUUGAUAAUACAGUACGAAUUAUGUAAUCAUUUGUU